CAACAACAACAACAAAUACAAAACAAAAAAUAUCUCUUCCAUUUCACACCCACCAGUGCCAAUGGCCCGUUCUCCGGAGACCCAAACUCCGCUACUAGACGACGUCGUGGAGGGCGCCGUUGACUGCAACGGCCAUCCGGUCCGAAGAUCCAGCUCCGGCGGUUGGCGUUCCGCAUCUUUCAUAAUAUGGGUGGAGGUUGCGGAGAGGGUUGCCUACUAUGGGAUCAGCUCCAACCUCAUAUCGUUUCUGACCGGGCCUAUGGGACAGUCCACGGCCACGGCGGCCAAGAACGUCAACAUAUGGUCCGGAACGGCGUCGUUGCUUCCUCUAUUGGGAGCUUUCGUCGCUGAUUCUUUCCUGGGUCGCUACCGCACCAUUAUCGCCGCUUCUCUCCUCUACAUCAUGGGUCUUGGGUUGCUCACUGUGUCAGCCGUGCUUCCUUCUUCUCAGCUUCAAGUAUUAUUAUUCUUUUUUUCUCUAUAUUUAGUAGCAGUUGGGCAAGGUGGACACAAGCCUUGUGUUCAGGCUUUCGGAGCAGAUCAGUUUGAUAGACAAGAUCCAGAGGAGUGCAAAGCAAAAAGCUCAUUCUUCAAUUGGUGGUAUUUUGGUAUAUGUGCAGGCCCUUUAUCGACACUUACAGUAUUAGACUACAUACAGGACAAUCUUAGUUGGGGUCUGGGUUUUGGUCUUCCUUGCAUUGUGAUGGCCUUUGCACUGCUUAUUUUCCUUCUUGGAACAAGAACGUACCGGUAUAGUAUCAAAGGGGAUGAGGAAAGCCCAUUUGUGAGAAUUGGCAAGGUGUUUGCUGCUGCAUUAAGGAAUUGGCGAACUACUCCUUCAGCAAUAGCUUCAGAAGAGGAAUCUCGUGGAACCUUGCCUCACCAAAGUUCUGAACAAUACAAAUUCCUUAACAAAGCCUUGGUUGCACCGGAUGAUUUGAAGGAAAAUGGGAAGGUCUGUACCAUCACUGAGGUUGAAGAAGCAAAAGCUGUUCUUAGGUUGUUUCCGAUAUGGGUUACAUGCUUGGUAUAUGCUAUUGUGUUUGCACAGUUCUCGACUUUCUUCACUAAGCAAGGUGCCACCAUGGACCGAACAUUUGUGCCAGGUUUCGACAUACCAGCUGCUGCACUUCAGUCGUUUAUAAGCCUUGUCAUUAUUAUAUUCAUUCCCAUUUAUGAUCGUAUAUUUGUCCCAAUAGCAAGAUCAUUCACCAGGGAACCGUCUGGCAUUACUAUGCUACAAAGAAUAGGAACUGGGAUGGUUAUAUCUACUAUUUCCAUGGUAGUUGCAGCUUUAGUUGAGAUACAGAGGCUCCAAACUGCCAAAGAUUAUGAUCUGGUUGAUAUGCCAAGUGCCACUGUUCCAAUGAGUGUUUGGUGGUUAGUUCCUCAAUAUUUGUUAACCGGACUGGCAGAUGUUUUCACCAUGGUUGGUCUGCAAGAGUUCUUCUAUGAUCAGAUGCCAAAAGAAUUAAGAAGUGUAGGACUUGCCCUCUACCUCAGUAUAUUUGGUGUCGGAAGCUUCCUGAGCAGCUUUCUUAUCUCUGUUAUUGAGGAAGCAACCAGUUGGGCAGGCCACACUAGCUGGUUUUCCAAUAACCUUAAUCGUGCACAUCUUGAUUACUUUUAUUGGUUACUAGCUGUACUCAGUGCAGUACAAUUGGCCAUCUACAUGUGUAUAGCAAAAUCUUACAUUUAUAACAGGGGUGGUACGGUAUAAAAACUAUUAAUAUUCAGAGCGAAUGCAGUGUGCCAGUGCCACCAUGUCCAUUGUAGUAAUCCAAAAAGUGAAGAUUUAAAUCAAUUACUGAAUAGUCUGUUUGCUCAUGAAGUCUUGUGAUAAAUGGUAGA